AAUGGCUCAUGGCAAUGGCUGGGCAAUUGGCUGUGAAAGAAGCUCCGAAUCGGGCUUUGAAAAGCUCUCAAGAGCUCACAAAGCAAGCUCAGUCAGCUACCUCACAUUUGCCGCGACGUCAAGCUCCUGCCGCGUACCCUGGCAAGACCUGGACGCCUCCACGUGACUGGCUCCUCUCGUCGCACCCCACCCGUCGCCCUUGUCUCAGCCCGCUGAUUGGCCACGGCCCGUUACUAACGUUACCCCUCCAGUCACGUUCAAAAUGAGAUCAGCUUUCUUCCAACCCCUCCUACCCCGCCAUAACUUCUGCUCCCCGGCCUUAAGAACUUUCUCCCUCCCUCAACGCAUUGCUGCUACGAACAACUUUGCGACUCCUCGAUUCUAUUCACAGCCCGCCAAAAUGCCUAACACCAAGGUUUUCUUCGACAUUGCCUGGAAGGGCCCCGUCUUCAAGGACGGCCGUCCUACCACCGAGAUCAAGGAGCAGACCGGUCGCAUCAACUUCAACCUCUUUGACGACGUUGUCCCCAAGACCGCUGAGAACUUCCGUGCUCUCUGCACCGGCGAGAAGGGCUUCGGCUACCAGGGCUCUUCUUUCCACCGAAUCAUCCCCAACUUCAUGCUCCAGGGUGGUGACUUCACCCGCGGUAACGGCACUGGCGGCAAGUCCAUCUACGGCGAGAAGUUUGCCGAUGAGAACUUCCAGCUGAAGCACGACCGCCCCGGUCUGCUGUCCAUGGCCAACGCCGGCCCCAACACCAACGGCUCUCAGUUCUUCAUCACCACUGUCGUCACCUCCUGGUUGAACGGCCGCCACGUCGUCUUCGGCGAGGUCGCUGACCAGGAGUCCAUGGCCAUUGUUGCUGCUCUCGAGGCUACCGGUCGUGAUGACGGCAAGGUUAAGUACGAGCCUCGCCCCACCAUCACCGCCUCCGGUGUCCUGUAAACUUGUUGAAAGGAAGCAACAUGCUCUGCAUGUCCAUUUGGUGGCAGUUUUUGGGACCAUGAAAAUUUAUGGGGCGGAUCAUAAGAGGCUACGAAUGGUACCUCGCCAUAUCCUUUAGCCAGUCAUUUAGGGUGCUGCAAAGCAUUAAAAAAAUACAAGUUUUCCAUUGCAUCGAACAAAUCCAUUGUGGAUA